AGCGCCCCGCGCGCGCGGCCCCCCCCCUCCGUACCCCCCCGUGCGCGGGGCCGCAGGAUGCCGGGGCUGGUGGUGUUCGGGAGGCGCUGGGCCAUCGGCAGCGACGACUUCGUCCUCCCGGGGGCCUUCGAGCUCUGCGUCAGGCUGGUGUGGUGGAUCGGCAUUCUCGUUCUUUACACCGUUCACAAGGGGCACUUUAACUGUCUUGGGGGAGGAUUGCUGCGCACCUACUUGCUCAUCCUCCUUGUUCUCCUCGCUUCUAUAAUAUGUGUGAUAUCUGCUCUUGUAUACGUCAGCAUGCAAGGAACGAUUUCUAAUCCAGGCCCGAGAAAAUCACUUCCCAAGCUACUUUAUAUUCGCCUAUUUCUCUAUUUGCCUGAAUUCAUCUGGGCUGUUGUAGGAGCUGUGUGGGUGUCUGACAGCAGUGUGCACUGUGAGAAGACUGUGAUAAAUAUCAUCCUUGUGACAGUUAUUGCAAGCUGGGUUAUCAUCAUCUUUACUGUCAUUGGAAUUCUAAUCGUCUUUGAUCCACUUGGGGGCAAAAAGACGUUUUACCUCACCAGUGGUGUAGAUCGGAACCUGGAAAGCAGUCAGUCAGGGCAGUUGCUGUAUAAUGUGAAGAACACUGCCACCAGAGUCUGGGAAAAAAGAAUUAGAUUACUGUGUUGUUGUAUCGUGCAAGAUGAUGACCAUCGAGUGGCUUUUACCAGUAUUGCAGAACUUUUCCGCAACUACUUUUCAGACACUGAUCUGGUGCCCAGUGACAUAGCAGCCGGUUUGACUCUGCUCCACCAAGAGCAAGAUAAAAUGGAAAGUUGCCCAAAAGACCCUGAAGAAGUCCUUUGUCAUUCUCCAUCAUCUCUCGUGACGGAUGAUUUGGAUAUCGAACUGGAGACUGCUGCUCACUAUAUGCUGUUUGCUGCAGCUGCUUAUGGUUGGCCCUACUACAUAUACACCAACCCAUUUACUGCACUCUGUAAGCUCAGCGGUGACUGUUGCAGAAAUAGACCAACAGAUUCUGAUAUAACUGGCAGCGAUCGUCAUAAUUUUCACUUUGGAUCCAUCCUAAAAAUGACAGGACUGCAGUACAGGGACUUCAUUCAUAUCAGUUUUCAUAACAAGAUCUAUGAGAUUCCAUUUUUUGUUGCUUUGGAUCACAAAAAAGAAGCUAUUGUGGUUGCAGUAAGAGGAACUUUGUCUUUUGAGGACGUUCUCACGGAUCUGUCAGCAGACUGUGAAGACUUGACACUGGAGGAUGUUAUAGAGAACGGCUUUGUGCAUAAGGGAAUAACUCAAGCUGCAAAUUACAUCUAUCGAAAGCUAAUAAAUGAUGGAAUUUUAAACCAGGCUUUCACAAUCGCUCCUGAAUACAAACUUGUGAUAGUUGGUCACAGUUUGGGUGGUGGAACAGCUUCUGUGUUGGCGAUCAUGCUCAGGAACUCUUUCCCAACAUUAAGAUGUUACGCCUUUUCUCCUCCAGGAGGACUUUUAAGCAAAUCACUUGCAGAUUACACCAAGCACUUCAUUGUUUCGGUCAUUGUUGGAAAGGACCUUGUUGCAAGGUUAAGUAUGCCCAACAUGGAAGAUUUAAAGAGGAGAAUAGUGAGAAUUGUGGCAAACUGCAACAGACCCAAGUACCAGAUUUUGCUGCGUGGGUGUUGGUACGAGGUGUUCGGAGGAGAUCCAGAUGACUUCCCAACUGAACUGGAUGGCAGAAACCAGGGUGACCUCACGCAGCCGCUCCUAGCUGAGGAGAGUUUAAUGGUUCAUCGGUCACCUUCAUACAACACCCUUGAGGAUGAAUCGCACCUAAAUUCACCGCCUCAGUAUCCUCAUCUGUAUCUUCCGGGAAGGAUUAUCCAUAUUGUAGAAGAAUCCAGCUGUAGCAGGUGGUGCUCUUCAGAUAUUAAAUACACAGCAAGAUGGUCAAACCAGACGGUCUUCAGCAGCAUUUUAAUAAGUCCCAAGAUGGUUACGGACCACAUGCCAGAUGUUGUGCUCAAAGCUUUGAACAGUUUGUCUCAGGAACACGGAUCUUGUAUUUCUUGUCGAGCACAAGAAUGCAACACCCAUGUAGUAUAACCACAGCUCGAAGAUGAGGUGUGGAGUCAGGUUUUUAAUUGCAGGUUUCGAGUAUUCGGGAUACCUUCCACUUUCAUACAUAAGUGGAUUUCAGUACUUCUCUCCCAUUGCUUAACAUAAACGAGGGUCUUGGCGCCCUUGCCUGUGCAGCAACCUCGAAAGCGCAGAUUCUGCAUUGAUGCCGAAGGCUGAGCUUUAAUAAAACGGGACAAUCUGACAAGGCCCAGCUAAGCCUGUGACACUGGGGCACGACGGCCAAGGCGCCAGCCGAGUACUUGACCAGAGUGCAUGCAUGAGGGCAGCUCGGGCCCCGCGUGCUGGAGCCCAGCCCAGCCCGACACAAACAUCAACAAAUCCAGGUCUGCUUCGAAGUCCCACGAGGCCAUUGUCUGCGCCGCCAGGAGGGCGCUGCGAAAACAUUGCGCUGAGGGGCUGCUCUGUCCCGCUGCGGUGGGGACGGGAGCAGGGCUGCGGGCAGCUGCCAGGGGCGUUUGGCACAGGCAGUGCUGAGCCCUGAUUGCACUAUUUUCUUAAGGACUGUGGUGUGGCUGAAUGCUGCUUGGAUCUACAUGUGCAAUAUUCCUUAAUCUACCUGUCUUCUGUUAGUUGUUGAUUCACAUGAUUGGUUGUGUUGAUUUUAAACUAAUACUGCACCUACUUAAUGAGAAGGAGAAAAUGAAUUGUUCAUGCCCUGGCAUUCUCACUCAAGCUCCGACUACCAGGAGCGCCGAGCCAGUCCCGCCAAAAAUGUGCAACUGUUGUGUUGAUUUAAAAAAAGUGAAUUCCUUGUUUCUAGUGUUAAACUAUUUUAACUUUUUUUUUUUUUAAGGCUCAGCAACAUUUCUUAAUUAAAAAAAUUAUAGAAAAAGAAAUACAAUGAGUUUGAGAACAACUGUUGUGGGUGUUCUUGCUGUGAUGCUUAACACAGAAACAAAAUAAAAUGCGCUCUAAAAAUCUGCCUUGUUAGGCUCAGGUAUGUUGGGUGUGACAAAACGUGUUCGGUUAGAGCUGCUCAGUCAGCGCCAACAGCAAAGGGCGGACUUGCACGUCCUCCCGCAGUGCUGCAGCCCCGUGUCCUGCGGAGCUAAGGGCAGCCAUGGCUGUACAGGGAGAAGCAAAACCCAAGGCCUUUGGGCACAAACUGUACCACUGCAGAACCCCCAUCUGACAGACUGUUAAAGAAACAGUUUUAGAGGAAGCACUUUUGUUUGCACACAACAGCGUGAAACAGGCAUUUUUCCCCUGGUUGGCAGCAGCUUUAAAACACUGCACGAGGAGCAGCAGGAGCCAGAAACAAGGAAUGGAUAAUGCAAGGCCUCGAGUACUGCAGUGAAUGCUGAAGGAGCCGGCGCAGAGGCAGGUACACCCCCUGCUGCUGGCACUGCCACCAGGCUUAUUCCACAGUACAGGAAUGACAACACGUGCUCAGAAACUCACGCAGCAGCAGACCUGUGAUUCAAGGAUUUAUUAAGUCAUACAUGCAAAACAUACUGCUAAUCGCAUUAGCAAAAGAUCAAUGUAAAAACUUCACAAUUUCGCAACUUUUAAUUUUUAAAUUUUGCUUUAGUGGUUGAAAGGGUAUAGUUCAACAUCAUAUUCCUGCCAGCUCAGGAUGGACAGAACAUUAGCACUAAUUACAGGACCUCACAGACCCAAGUUACCGUUACUCUGUCUAUGCUGCACACGUACACGUGGUGACAAAAGAACACUUGUCUGCAUUAGUAAUGUUACAGCGGUGGGGGGGAUCUGGCAAACAGGGACAUUGGAGAAGGUCCAGAGUUUACAGAGGUUUAAAAUAUAAAAAUCACUAAGAUGUGUAAAGCUGUUCCACAUGAUUUUUACACCUAGUUAAUAGACUAAAAGCUCCUCAGAAAGCGUAUAACUUACUAGGUCAGAAAUACCAGGAAAAUAAGGAGGAUAUGCAUGAAAAUUCUACUCUACAAAAAAAAAGAGCAAAUUCCUAUUAGAAAGAUUUUAAAGUAGACGUUAUACUUCUCAAUAAGAAGAGA